AUGUCGAUGGCGUCCGAGGUGCUGUGCGCGAAGGUUGCUCGUGCUGUUGAUGUGGAUGUCCCUGGUUGCCACGCUAGGACCCUCGGUCCCCUUCCCUCCCCUGGGGGACGGCUCUCAGGCCACACGGGGACCCUCGGUCCCCUUCCCCCCUUGGGGGACGGCUCUCAGGCCACACGGGGACCCUCGGUCCCCUUGCCCCCCUGGGGGACGGCUCUCAGGCCACACGGGGACCCUCGGUCCCCAUCCCCCCCUGGGGGACGGCUCUCAGGCCACACGGGGACCCUCGGUCCCCUUCCCCCCCUGGGGGACGGCUCUCAGGCCACACGGGGACCCUCGGUCCCCUUCCCCCCCUGGGGGACGGCUCUCAGGCCACACGGGGACCCUCGGUCCCCUUCCCCCCCUGGGGGACGGCUCUCAGGCCAUACGGGGACCCUCGGUCCCCUUGCCCCCCUGGGGGACGGCUCUCAGGCCACACGGGGACCCUCGGUCCCCAUCCCCCCCUGGGGGACGGCUCUCAGGCCACACGGGGACCCUCGGUCCCCUUCCCCCCCUGGGGGACGGCUCUCAGGCCACACGGGGACCCUCGGUCCCCUUCCCCCCCUGGGGGACGGCUCUCAGGCCACACGGGGACCCUCGGUCCCCUUCCCCCCCUGGGGGACGGCUCUCAGGCCACACGGGGACCCUCGGUCCCCUUGCUCCCCUGGGGGACGGCUCUCAGGCCACACGGGGACCCUCGGUCCCCUUCCCCCCCUGGGGGACGGCUCUCAGGCCACACGGGGACCCUCGGUCCCCUUCCCCCCCUGGGGGACGGCUCUCAGGCCACACGGGGACCCUCGGUCCCCUUCCCCCCCUGGGGGACGGCUCUCAGGCCACACGGGGACCCUCGGUCCCCUUCCCCCCCUGGGGGACGGCUCUCGGCCACACGGGGACCCUCGGUCCCCUUUCCCCCCCUAG